CUUAAACAUAAAAUGAAAUCUCUUGAAAGGGUAUUCACUAACCACCUGAAGUUUUUUUUUUGUUUGAUGUUGGUGGGAGGAGGGAGGGAGGAGGUCAUGUUUAUUUGUCUCUGGCAAUAUUUUUCCCCCUUCUUCCCAGUGUUGACCAAGUGUGGUUUGUCCACUCCUUUGGUGCUAUUUCAAGCUCUGUGACCUCCCUUGGUAGCAGCUGAUGCCUUAGAAAUACUUUUACCAACCAAAGGGCAAGACACCUUGUUUCCUUGAGGUCACGAUCUGUGCUUCAUACCCAGAUCUUCAGAUUGCUUGAGUUGAUCCUGAAAAUGUGUUUCCCAAAUGGCAACCCAAUAUGUUGCAUAAAGCCUGCCAAGUAGGGGUAACUUUUUCCAAAUAUACUUUAUCAAAGUUGCUGUAUAUGUUCAAGUUAAACUGUUGAAACAAAUAUUGUGUGUUUUAAAGUGUUUGCUUUUCUGAGUAAAAAAAGAAACUUCACAAAUGGGAUCAUUAUUUUUUUUUUUCCAAUGCAUUAUUAAUGGUUCUGAUAUAAAGUGAAGGGAUUACUGUUUUCAUUCUGUUGCCUUCAGUCUUAGUUCUUGCACAUGGAUUCACAUAAACUGAAUGGUGUAAUGUCUGGGCAACCAAAACUGUUGGCUUUUGAGAAAACUAUCAAAUACUUUAACAUCAAACUGUUGCAAUGCAAGAUCAUUUCCAUGUCUUUGUUGGUGAUCUCAGCCCAGAAAUUACAACUGAAGAUAUAAAAGCUGCUUUUGCACCAUUUGGAAGAAUAUCAGAUUCCCGAGUGGUAAAAGACAUGGCAACAGGAAAAUCUAAGGGAUAUGGCUUUGUCUCCUUUUUCAACAAAUGGGAUGCUGAAAAUGCCAUUCAACAGAUGGGUGGCCAGUGGCUUGGUGGAAGACAAAUCAGAACUAACUGGGCAACCCGAAAGCCUCCAGCUCCAAAGAGUACAUAUGAGUCAAACACCAAACAACUGUCAUACGAUGAGGUUGUAAACCAGUCUAGUCCAAACAACUGCACUGUGUACUGUGGAGGUGUCACUUCUGGACUAACAGAACAACUAAUGCGCCAGACUUUUUCACCAUUCGGACAAAUAAUGGAAAUUAGAGUCUUUCCAGAUAAAGGAUAUUCAUUUGUUCGGUUCAAUUCCCAUGAAAGUGCAGCACAUGCUAUUGUUUCUGUUAAUGGGACUACCAUUGAAGGUCAUAUGGUGAAAUGCUAUUGGGGCAAAGAAACUCUUGAUGUGAUAAAUCCAGUGCAACAGCAGAAUCAAAUUGGAUAUCCACAACCGUAUGGCCAGUGGGGCCAGUGGUAUGGAAAUGCACAACAAAUCGGCCAGUAUAUGCCUAAUGGUUGGCAAGUACCUGCAUAUGGAAUGUAUGGCCAGCCAUGGAACCAGCAGGGAUUUAAUCAGGCACAAUCUUCUGCACCAUGGAUGGGACCAAAUUAUGGAGUGCAGCCACCGCCAGGACAAAAUGGCAGCAUGUUGCCCAAUCAACCUACAGGGUAUCGAGUGGCAGGAUAUGAAACCCAGUGAAAAAAGCACUCCACAAUCUGAAGCCAGUGGCUUGAGGCUACCAGGAGUGUAGUAAAGCCGUUGUUUACUUAAAGGUUUGUCAAAUCAGUCAGUGCAAAUGUCAGAUACAGUGUAUUUAUUUAAAAUAUUCAUUUUUUAAUCAUGAAAUUACUUAUCCACAUUGUUUUAAAAAGAAACAAGAUGCUGGAUAUCUGCCAAUUUUUGCCUUCAUUACUUUUUUUGAUAAAGUUUCUCAGAUCCUUGUUUCAAAUACAAAUGCAGGGAUUGCUGCCACUUUUUUAAAAUUAAGAGGCAGAAAAUUGCACAAUGUUAAACUUUCUCCACUAAGGUAGUAUGCAGUUCUAGUUUGCAUUCCUUGCUAUGAUUUAAGACAUGUAAUAUAAAGAUGUAAAAAGAAGAAAGAAAAACCAAAACUGUGCAGAAUCUAGAAGUUCUUUGUAAUCUUCAGCUUAUGCACAAUUCUGUUUAGUUUGAGUUUUUUUUUUUUUUAAGACAUUGUUUGAACUGUCCCAUCUUCACUGUUUCCCCUUUGGGGUUUUUAAAUAUAAAUUAUUAGUUUACAUUAGUUUUAUAUCUACGUUUUCCCACAAAUUUGUCUUGCCUUAUUAAAGUUCUGUAAAAUUUAGCUAAAGCAGUGACCCUCACUUAGAUUGAAAACUUUUCUCAGAUGGAUUGAUACUUGCAUUCAUCUUGUGUUUUAUACGAGAAGGUGCCUCAAGACUUCCCAGUUGUAUCUGUUUUAAUGGAUUUUUAUCUUCUGUCAUAAACUUUGCUAUGUACCAGGAGACAUAAAAACAAAAACUUGUUACUAAAGAGAACCUCUAACAUGUAAUAAGUUUUUAUGAAUUGAUGUUGAUUUUAUUUGUCACAUUCUGAAUUUACAUGUAUUAUUUCCUUAUGUAAAAUGUUUUAGCAGUUUAUUAUUUUGCACAGUUAGUGAACUUUCCAAUGUCAUUUCCUUCUUAAAGGCAUCAUGCAGAAUUGACAGGAGAUUUGUGAGGUUUAAGUUGUUUGCAUGUGAAUAUAAAAUACAUAACUUUGAUAGCCUUUAAAUACAAAGUCAUCUGUUCUUUUUAAAGAAUAUUGAGACACAAAGUUAUAUGUAAAAGAAUAUAUUAAUUUGCUGUUUUCUAGUUAUGUUUACUCAAAAAGAACAAGUCAAAUUGAUUUUAAUGUGUACAAAUGAUAGCUGUGAAACUGUAGAAUAUUCUUAUGUCAGGCUCGGGGUUCAUUGUGAGCUCUAAAAUUAGCCUGAAGGACCAGCCAGACAAAGCAUUUUUUUAAAUGUUCAGAGGCCAAAAGAUUUUUUUAAAUCUUUAAAUCCUACCUCUUUAAACAGCCUUCAAAGUGGAAAAUCCUCAGUGCAAUCAUUAGUUUGAUUAUUUUGGUAGCUGUUUUCCUGGAGUUCCCAAUUUUAUUAUUUUGGGGUGACUCCAAGCAUUAAGAGGUUUUUAAUCUUUGAUGGCAUUUGUUAAAGUUUUGGAUUUUCAAAUACAUUUCAGAAUCUCUUAGAAGAGUGGGAUUUUGUUUUUGCUUUCAGUGAAGGUUACAAACUUAAGUUCUUCCUUAGCUCACAAAGAGAAAGGAUCCCCAGUAUAUAUAUUUGGAUAGUUGGUUGCUUUUAAGACCUCAGAGAGCUCCUAGCAUUUUAUUUAGGAAAUGAAAAGACCUGGCUUCAUCUUCUAGGUAGGAGCAAAAGACUCUAAGCUGGCUCUAAGCCAAUAAAGACUGUUGUAAACCAGAGCCCAGGAAAGACAGCUCAUAAGUGUUAAAUUCUCUGGAGCUCAAUUCUAUGCAGUUGUACUGAUGUUUCAUUUUUAAGUGUUGAUACAUUAAAAGUUGCUUUAUGGAAGAUGAGUACGUUUUUUUAAGUACUUGGAAAUUUUAUUUCCAUGUUAACAUCUACAGAUCAGGGCAUGCAGCCAACAGCAGCUUAAAUGAAAUAAAGUAUCAGGAAGCUAUUUUUAGAUUCUUUUGACUUAUGAUUCUCUCUUAGGACCCUCAUUGUUGUUUCAUUCAAAACCAUUUUACAUCCUAUACCAUCUGUGAAUUGCAGGGUAUUUUAUUUGGGCAUAAAUAAUUUAAUCCAAGCAAAAGUGUAGUUUUUCUGUCAUUUUGACUAAAGUAAUAUUUUUUAUUAGCCAGUAUAUUUUCUUAUUGCACAGAUCUUUAAAUGUAUGUUGACUACCUUUUGAAAAGAAGGUGGUAGUACAAAUAAUGAAAAGGUUACUACUGAACAAAUGAACAUUUCAGGAACAUUACUAACUUGGGUUUAAAUGUUAUUGUUAAAUCAUUUAAAGAUCUUGCAGUCUACAAAUACUGGUCUUUAUCAGGUAAGGAAAUAAAAACAAUUUUUUAAUGGUUUCAUCCUCUACAACAUGCAUUCAGAUUUUAUUUUAAAAUACAUCUGGUACUGUAAAGAACCCAAAGUGAUACACACUUAAUGCACCAUUGACCCAGUAUUCUUUCUUUGCCCUGACUAUUUGAAUAUUAAAGUUCCUUUAUGUUUUCUAUAA